UUUUCUACUUUAUUCUUUCUUUAUGUGGAUUCCUGCUUAUAUAUUAGUUUAUGCAAAAAAUUAGCUAACUUCAACAUGACAAGGUGUAAAAGGCCUUUUUAAGAUGUCCACAUCAAAUGUUCCUUCUGAUCUUGGAAAUGGAGAAACAUCACUAUUUUUGAAAUUCUGUAUCCCGCCAUUUGAAAAGACUAUGCACUAAGCUCCCGUUAUUCAGUGGAUCAGGGAAGGACCAAACCACUUUGAGUUUACUGUAUUGCUAAAUAUUUACCAGACAGAAAAGAAUAUAUCCCUUGAAACGUUUAGCUGCUAUUUUUUCAUUUUUGUUUGUCAGUCUUGUCUUUAAAAUCUAUCAUGUUCAACGUGCUUUCGAGAAAUAAUAAUACGAGUCGCUAAAAAUUCCAAACCUUGAAGCUCUAACUUUCUGAUGAUGUAUAUAAGUGACAAGCAAGAACUUUCCGAUCAGUACUCUAAAAUACGAGGUUUCAAAGUUAUCUUAUGGUAAUAUAGCUAUCCUUCAGUUUCUGCAUGCAUGUAAUUUGAAAUGGUUAAUUAGACCAUUAUAAUCUAAGAUGGGUCGAUCUAGCGUUGAGGCAAUAGAUACAAAAGAAAUGGACUACCGAAGUUUAUCAUCCUCGGAACACGAACAACCACCAUACAUGCACAAGGUUGGAGUUCCACCUAAACAGAACCUAUUCGAUGAAUUUAAGACUAAUGUGAAGGAAACAUUGUUUUCAGAUGAUCCUCUACGUCCCUUUAAGGAUCAGCCAAGGUCUCGUAAGUUUCUCCUUGGUUUGCAGGCGGUAUUUCCCAUACUAGAUUGGGGUAAAAGCUAUAAUGUUUCCAAAUUCAGAGGCGAUCUUAUUGCUGGUCUCACUAUUGCAAGUCUCUGCAUUCCUCAGGACAUUGGAUAUUCGAAGCUUGCAAACUUAGCUCCUCAGUAUGGGCUAUACUCCAGUUUUGUUCCACCUUUGGUUUAUGCCUUAAUGGGUAGCUCGAGAGAUAUAGCCAUAGGACCUGUUGCUGUUGUAUCCCUAUUGCUUGGGUCUCUCCUCAGCAGUGAAAUCGAUCCAACCAAAAAUCCAAUUGAAUACAGGAGGCUUGCAUUUACAGCUACCUUUUUUGCUGGCAUUACCCAAGCUGCCCUUGGAAUCCUAAGAUUAGGAUUUUUAAUUGACUUCCUAUCACAUGCUGCUAUUGUUGGUUUCAUGGGUGGUGCGGCCAUCACUAUUGCCCUCCAGCAACUUAAAGGUUUUCUUGGCAUCAAGAAGUUUACUAAGAAAACUGAUAUCAUUUCGGUGAUGAAAUCAGUAUGGCAUUCAGCCCACCAUGGAUGGAACUGGCCGACAAUUCUCAUUGGAGCAAUCUUUUUAACGUUCCUUUUGUUCGCGAAGUACGCUGGAAAGAAGCAUAAAAAGCUCUUUUGGGUACCUGCAAUUGCUCCUCUAAUCUCUGUCGUUCUUUCCACCUUCUUUGUCUACAUAACCCAUGCUGAAAAACUAGGAGUAGAGAUUGUGAGACACAUUGAGAAAGGAAUCAAUCCUCCUUCUGUCGAGGAAAUAUAUUUCACCGGCAAUUAUCUCCUAAAAGGGAUCAAGAUUGGUAUUGUAUCUGGCAUGAUCGCUUUGACGGAAGCUGUUGCAAUCGGAAGAUCAUUUGCUUCAAUGAAAGACUAUCAGUUGGAUGGAAACAAAGAAAUGGUGGCACUUGGAACAAUGAAUGUUGUUGGCUCCAUGACAUCAUGCUAUGUGACAACAGGUUCCUUCUCUCGUUCAGCAGUAAAUUGCAUGUCUGGAUGCCAAACUGCAGUUUCCAACAUUGUUAUGUCUAUUGUUGUGUUCCUGACAUUGUUGUUCUUAACCCCUCUUUUUGAGUACACUCCGAAUGCAAUCCUCUCUGCCAUCAUUAUCUCUGCUGUCGUUGGAUUAAUAGACUAUGAAGCAACAAUUUUGAUUUGGAAGAUCGACAAAUUUGAUUUUGUUGCUUGCAUGGGAGCAUUUUUUGGUGUGGUUUUCGCCUCUGUCGAGAUAGGCCUUAUAAUUGCUGUCUCCAUAUCAUUUGCUAAGAUUCUCCUCCAAGUCACAAGACCCCGAACAGCUCUUCUUGGAAAGAUCCCUAGGACAAAUGUAUAUAGGAACAUUCAACAAUAUCCCGAGGCAACACAAGUUCCCGGUGUACUAAUUGUGAGAGUUGAUUCUGCGAUCUACUUUUCAAAUUCUAACUACAUGAAAGAGAGGAUAUUGAGAUGGCUAACGGAUGAGGACGAGCAACUAGAAUCCAAUAACCAACCUAAAAUUCAGUUCUUGAUAGUUGACAUGUCACCUGUGACUGACAUUGACACUAGCGGCAUCCAUGCAUUUGAAGAGUUGCACAGCAGCCUACAAAAGAGAGAGGUUCAGCUUGUUCUCUCGAAUCCUGGAAGAGUAGUGGUUGACAAGCUGCAUGCAUCUGAUCUCGUGAAUCAAAUUGGCGAGGACAAGAUCUUUCUCACCGUCUCAGAUGCUGUCCUGACCUGUUGCUCAAAGUCCCCUAAGUCCCCGGAAGAUGUAGUCUAAAGUUGUAAUUGUAAUACACCAUGGAAACUCACCUAUGCUUGAACGUCCAGACAUAUAUAGCCGAGAGAAGUUGUCUAAUGUCGACUUGGAGAAAGAAAAAUCAGCCAAUAGAACGAACUUGCAUAUAUAUUUUAAUGUAGAAUGAGUAGACGAGAUGACCUUGGGAAAAAUGGUCCAUAAGCCAAUUGGGUUGUUAGAGUUGUCUGUAUGUUAGAUUUGUUAACUACCUGUUGGAUUGUAUAGGUCAAAACUUUCUUCUCGAUGAGGCUUUGUUGAAAUUAAGCAAUGUUGAACUUACCAGGUAUAUAUGCAUGUGAUUCCAGUAUACCAUUCACCGUGAAUGGUAUACCAAGAAUGUGUUUGUCAAUGAAUCAAUUAAAUGGGGCUCAAACAAAUUUACUUGGGGA